AUGAACGGCACGGAGGGCCCCAACUUCUAUAUCCCCUUCUCCAACGCCACGGGCGUGGUGCGCAGCCCCUUCGAGUCCCCGCAGUACUACCUGGCCGAGCCCUGGCAGUUCUCGCUGCUGGCCGCCUACAUGUGCCUGCUCAUCGCGCUGGGCUUCCCCAUCAACGCCCUGACGCUCUACGUCACCGUGCAGCACAAGAAGCUGCGCACGCCGCUCAACUACAUCCUGCUCAACCUGGCGGUGGCCGACCUCUUCAUGGUGUGCGGCGGCUUCACCACCACGCUCUACACCUCCCUCAACGGCUACUUCGUCUUCGGGCCCACCGGCUGCAACCUGGAGGGCUUCUUCGCCACCCUGGGCGGUGAGGUCGCCCUGUGGUCCCUGGUGGUCCUGGCCGUGGAGCGGUACGUGGUGGUCUGCAAGCCCAUGAGCAACUUCCGCUUCGGGGAGAACCACGCCGUCCUGGGCGUCGCCUUCACCUGGGCCAUGGCCCUGGCCUGCGCCGUGCCGCCCCUGGUCGGCUGGUCCAGGUACAUCCCCGAGGGAAUGCAGUGCUCCUGCGGGGUGGACUACUACACGCCGGCGCCCGAGGUGCACAACCGGUCCUUCGUCAUCUACAUGUUCGUGGUCCACUUCACGGUCCCCAUGCUCGUCAUCUCCUUCUGCUACGGGCAGCUGGUCUUCACCGUCAAGGAGGCAGCUGCCCAGCAGCAGGAGUCGGCCACCACGCAGAAGGCGGAGAAGGAGGUCACCCGCAUGGUCGUCAUCAUGGUGGUCGCCUUCCUGGUCUGCUGGGUGCCCUACGCCAGCGUGGCCUUCUACAUCUUCACCCACCAGGGCUCCGACUUCGGCCCCAUCUUCAUGACCGUCCCGGCCUUCUUCGCCAAGACCUCCGCCGUCUUCAACCCGGUCAUCUACAUCAUGAUGAACAAGCAGUUCCGGAACUGCAUGCUCACCACCAUCUGCUGCGGCAAGAACCCGCUGGGUGACGACGAGACCUCUGUCACCAGCUCUAAGACGGACACCAGCCAGGUGGCCCCGGCCUAGGCCCUGCCUGGGACUCUGUGGCCGACUGUAGGAGUCUCCCGUCCUCGACACCCACCCCAGCCACGG